GUGCACACUGAUCGCCAGCGCCUCGUCGUAGUCGCAUCGAUGCAACCUCCAGCGCUGCGCAGAGAUCGGCAGUCGUGCGACUCGCCACUGCUGUGAAAAUGGGCACAUUGUGAGAGCACCACUUUUUACGCCAUCGAAGCGAUGGCUGCACGCUGUCGCGGCUACCUCGCCGGCUUGCAAAGCUGGGUCUCGCCUCGAACUCGUCAAACAUUGCUCGGCGGCGAACCUUUUGGUAGCUUCGAGCAUUCGUACGACGCGCUCGGCGGCGUCGACAACGCGGACCUACUCGCCUUCGAGGCCGACCUAAAAUCAACACGCGGCUGGGAGUUCAAAUACGGGUCGCGGAACUGGAGCGUCGUCGAAGCCGGCGGCGUGCGCGCUCUGCUCAACAACGAGGCGCCGGCGGCCGUUCAGAGCAGCAUUCGCGUCGACGGCGGCCCGCCGCCCCUCUCCGGCCCGCUCGGGUCCGCUGUGGGCGGCCUCGGCCUCGCUGCACCCCUGUACAAGUCGGCGGGUUUCGGUGGGUGGGGGAAAAAGCCGGCUGUGCUGCUCCUGGGCGGCGGCGGCUGCGCGUUACCACCCGUCCUUCGCGACGCGCUAGGAGCGACCGUGACAGCGGUGGAGCCGGACGAUGAAGUUCGGAGCAUCGCGCGCGAGUAUUUUGGGGCGCCCGCGGAGUUGACCGGCGACGACGCGGCCGAGGGCGCGCCCGCGGUGCCAACGCCUGGAAGUUGGGGCCACCUCGUCGGCGGCUGCGGCGCCACGGCGGUGACGGAGGCGCGCGAUGGCAGUUUUGACAUUGUUGUUGUCGACGCCGCGGACGGUGGGAAUGCGCCGCCUGACGCGUUGGCGUCGCCUGCGUUCUUCGCGGAUGUAGGUCGAGUUCUCGCUCCGAGGACGGCGGUCCUGGCCGUCAAUCUGGUCGCCCGGGACGCCGAGACCCUGACGCGUGUACGCGACGCGGCGGCCGGCGUCGGCGGCGAGCUGUUUGAAUGUGAGCUGCCGGCGCCGCUCGUUGCGGAAGGAUCUCCCGAUUUCGCGCGGCUCCUGUUCGCGGUCCGCGGCUAUGAUACGUCACCGUUGUGGGGGCAUCCGCUCCUCGCGCACGUUGAUGAGUCGGAGUUGUGGAUGACAGGGUUCCGGGGUCUUGUGUAACGUUGUUUUGUUGACUCGUGCGACUGCGACGACGGCUUUGAACUUGCUAGUGUCUUCAUGCCGCUAGCAUUAUGUGGGGCACGCGCACAUCGAAGCAUUGACACGCACCAUCGAGCACCAACGCGCCGGGGAAGAGCUGAGGUUCAACAGAGACUCAGACACGCCCUGCGGGCCGGGGCCCAACGCGGCGCCGGCGGAGGGUGGCGGCGGCGGUUCCAAGAAAAAGAAGAAGUCGUCGAACGACUCGCUGGCGCUCGGGCUCGGCCUCGGGUUGGGUUUGGGCGGCUUGCUGUUGAUCGGGCUCGUCGCCAUGCUCUGUAUGUCCAAAAAGAAGUCUCCGACGUCGACGCGCGACGCGGACGUCGAGAACGAGAUGGUCAAGACGGGCGCAGCCAUGUCCUGA